AUGCCAUUCGUUGACAUCCCACCGGAGCUCAUAUAUCAUAUCCUCGAACAGGCCUAUUACGCGCGGGUCGAUAGCGUCGACCGGAAGACUGUACACAAUUGCUGCUACGUCUCGAGAGCCUGGGUGAGGCCUGCCCAGCAGCUUCUUUCCAUUCCGUUAGCCUCACCGGCUUUCGCAAGGCCGAGCUUCAAAAGAGCUGCCAUUCAUCGGCAUCUUCUCUCUGGGCACGCUGCCUCCGGAGUCAGCAUGCGUCUGGGGGCGUACGUCCGCAACCUCGACUUCAUGCUCGACGUCAACAGCACGCAAAUGGCGGGGCCUUACAUGCACGUCUGGCGCCCGUCCACGUUGGUGGCAUUGCUGUACCAAUUCCCGCGCCUCUACCGGCUCUCCCUCUUCGUCAUGGAGAAGGGCUCGAUCUCGACGAAAUACAUCCAACAGCUCCAAGCGCUCGUAGCUACGCCUGGACGUCAGCCCCUGCGAGCGCUCUCGCUGGAGGGCCAGAGCGACGCCCCAGCAGUACCCCGGGCCCCGGCCCCCUCCGGCGUUGCGCCCGUUAAGCUAUACGAGCUCUCUCUGCGCUACCUGCCCGCCCUCGAAGCCCUACGCUGGCUCCUCUCGUCCUCUCGCGCCACACUCCAAAUCCUGGACUUACACGUCCCCGUCCUGAACGACGACUACCUCGCCCUGUUCAUAGAGUACGCUCCGCGGCUGAGUUCGCUACGGUUGCACAUCGGGCGCCCGGAGAUGGACGCGCUCGUCAAGGCGUGCGUCGCCCUGGAGGAGCUCGUCCUCUACCAAUCGCUCAACUGGCCCUCCGAGCUCCCGGCGUCCCUCGAGCAUCUGUGCAUCGACGAGCUCGCGGACACGACGCUGACCAGCCUCGACACGCUGCCCGAGCUCCGCACGCUGACGUGCACGGCGGCGCACGUCUCGCACCACCACGACUUCCACCAUCUCGUCAGGAAGUGCGACAGACGGCGCAUCGAGCUGUGUUUCGGCAAGUUCGACGUGAGCGCACACGCAGCUUCGCGGGUACUAACGCCGGCCGGGAUCUCGGCCACCUAA